AAAAACCUGCAAAAUGUGAUCACAAACUACAUAGAGUGUUUUUUUUUUUCCACGACCUCAAAGUUGAUAUAAAAAUGGGAAUUUCAAAAUCGCGCGAAUUUGUAAAAUUUGGACUAAAAACUAAACCAAAAAUAUAUACGUUCCAGUAAACAGUAAUGGUAAACGUUAUUAUUAUUAUUAUAAAUUUAAAGAGUGCCUCAAAAAUAUUGUCAUUUUUAUAAAAUAUUUUAUUAUACUUUUUCUUAUUAUUAUUUUUUCGUUAGGUUUCUAUAUGGAUGUUAAACGCUUGUUUUUUAAAAUAAAAAUGUUACUGAUUGGAAUAUAGAGAAAGCACAUUCUUUCUUCCUUACCAAAAAGCCAAAAUUAACAAAAACAAAAAAACAUUUUCCGUCACCAAUUUCGAGUGUUUAUCCGAAAUUGUUGAUCCUUCGGUGAGCAAUAAGCAAACUACCUAAUCGGCCGAGGGAAUUACAACAAUCACUUUCGUAAUCGCCGAAUAUUUAUAAACAAUUUUAUCCCCGUGCUCGGCAAACGCGAACGUUAUUAAAACGUUUCGGCAGUGGAACGUGUGGCCCGGGAGGGGGGGAGCCCUCGCUCGCCUUAUAAAAGGCGUCGGGGAACGCCUCGGGGCGACACACAUCGCGAAAAAGUCAACCCUUCCCGCUCUUCUGCUUUUUUCGUGGGAGAAGAAAAACUACCUCUUUUAAUCUGGCUACUAAAACCGUCGAGAUUCGAAUUGUCGCGAGGUACCACCGUCGUGACUGUUUCGUGUCUAAAUUCGGCGAAUUUUAUCUGAAGGUCAUCUUCGGGUACUACUCCAUGUACCACAAGAGUUACACUUAAAAACGGUAGUGCGAGAAAAUUUCAAAAUGCCGGACCUAGCGGCGGUCAGCAACAGCGGUAAAACUUUCGACACAUACUCCGCCGAGUUUACGAGGAUUGCCAAAAGAUGGAGCCACGCGAACGGACGGCUCUACAGCCAACUGCGAGGGGUCAGCGUCGUGAACGGAUCCGUUCAAGAUUUGGCGCCGACGGUCAAAGCUUAUGUAGAGGAAAACAUUGACCUUUGUCAACCGGAAACAGUCCACAUUUGUGAUGGAAGCGAGACGGAGAACAACUCGCUGGUUAAUCUAAUGGUUCAGCAGGGAACCAUCACGGCCCUACCCAAGUAUCAAAAUUGUUGGUUGGCGCGCACCAACCCUGCUGAUACCGCCCGCGUAGAGUCAAAAACGUUCAUCUGUACCGAAAAUCAAUCGGAAACGAUCCCAACUCCCAAGGAAGGGGUUAAAGGAGCGCUCGGUCACUGGAUCGCUCCGACCAAUAUGGAGGUCGCCGUCAAAGAGAGGUUCACAGGUUGCAUGAGAGGUCGCACCAUGUACGUCAUUCCGUUCUCGAUGGGACCGGUAGGUUCGCCCUUAUCUAAGAUUGGAGUCGAACUGACGGAUUCCGCUUAUGUGGUGGCCUCGAUGAGAAUCAUGACACGAAUGGGACAAGCCGUAACUCAGCAACUGGCCAAGGGCGCGGACUUUGUCAAGUGCCUGCAUUCAGUGGGCGCUCCCGCCAACGGAUUCGUCGAAAUGCCCAGCUGGCCGUGCGAUCCUGAACGCACUAUAAUUUUGCAUGUACCAAAAAACAAUGAGAUUGUCUCGUAUGGUAGCGGCUAUGGCGGCAAUUCCCUCCUAGGAAAGAAGUGCUUCGCCCUUAGAAUAGGGUCGACGAUCGCGCAUAAGGAAGGAUGGUUAGCAGAGCAUAUGCUGAUUUUAGGCAUAACCAAUCCAAAAGGUCAGAAGCGUUACAUAGCAGCGGCCUUCCCCUCGGCUUGCGGGAAGACUAACCUGGCAAUGAUGACCCCCAGCUUGCCUGGUUACAAGGUCGAGUGUGUUGGGGACGACAUCGCCUGGAUGCGGUUUGAUAGUAGCGGACAACUCAGAGCUAUUAAUCCAGAGAACGGUUUCUUUGGCGUGGCCCCAGGAACGUCUACCAAAAGCAAUCCGAUCGCGAUGAAAACGAUAUUUAAAAACACAGUCUUCACCAACGUGGCAUCGACCAGUGACGGCGGCGUUUUCUGGGAGGGCAUGGAAGAUGACAUUCCCCAAGGAGUGACCAUCAAGGACUGGAAAGGUCGCAAAUGGACCAGCGAAUCUGGCAGCCCUGCCGCGCACCCCAACUCGAGAUUUUGUACUCCAGCUGCGCAAUGUCCGAUCAUCGACCCUGCCUGGGAGGAUCCGAACGGAGUGCCGAUAUCGGCCAUCUUGUUUGGGGGCAGACGCCCCGCGGGUGUACCUUUGGUUUACGAGGCGCGCGACUGGGAACACGGGGUGUUUAUAGGGGCGACCAUGAGAUCAGAGUCCACAGCAGCAGCCGAACACAAGGGCAAAUUGAUAAUGCAUGAUCCGUUCGCUAUGAGACCUUUCUUUGGCUACAACUUCUGCCAUUACCUGAAGCACUGGCUGUCUAUGAAAAACCGAUCCGAAAGGUUGCCGAAAAUCUACCACGUCAAUUGGUUUAGAAAAGGGGCCAAUGGUAAAUUCCUAUGGCCCGGUUUUGGAGAGAACAGCAGAGUACUAGACUGGAUCCUCAGACGAUUGGAUAAUGAAGACUGCGCAAUGGAAACUCCCAUUGGGAACAUUCCCAAACCGGGCAGUUUAAAUUUGACAGGACUCAAGGAAGACGUUAAUACAGACGAGCUGUUUAGCAUACCGAAAGAUUUUUGGAGGGAAGAGGUGUUUGCUAUUGAGAAAUAUUUUCAGGAGCAAGUGGGAUUGGAACUACCAGAAGAAAUCCGUCAACAGUUGAAAGCGCUGAAGAAGAGAGUCGACACUAUGUGAAUAUCGAAAUAGUAAAAGGUGAUAAGCAUGAAAAGACAUUAAUCGUUCACUAGUUUUAGGCAUAAAUGUUUUAUAUUUUACAAAAUAACCUAUAAAAGGUCUUUCCUACUACGAGUUAAUUUUUACACCUGCUGUAUAUUAUAAUAAAAUAUUUUUAAACUA